UCUUAUGCCAAACACUUUGACUUCGAUCUGGCACUUUUUCUCAUGACGUGUCGGCGAGCUUAACUUUAUUAAACAACUACUCGAAAAAGUCAUUGGAAAUAGCUGAAAAUGCGCGACCAAUUCAUCAGCCUGGCCAUGCUGCUGUGCGUCCUGCAUAGCGCCUGCGGAUUGUACUUCCACAUAUCGGAGACGGAGCGCAAGUGCUUCAUCGAGGAGGUUCCGGAUGAGACGACUGUGAUUGUUAACUACAAGGUGGAGCUGUACGAUCCGCGCUCCAAUGGAUUCAUGCCCUCAUCCCCCGGCAUUGGAAUGCAUGUGGAGGUUCGCGACAGCGAUGACAAGAUUGUUCUGUCCCGCGUGUACAGUUCCCAGGGACGCAUCUCAUUCACCUCGCACACACCUGGCGAACACGUCAUCUGUAUGUACUCCAACAGCACAGCCUGGUUUAGUGGAGCCCAAUUGCGCGUCCACCUUGACAUCCAGGUGGGUGAGCACGCCAUCGACUAUGCCAAUGUGGCGCAAAAAGAGAAGCUUACCGAACUGCAGCUGCGAAUCCGCCAGCUACUUGACCAGGUCGAUCAGAUCACCAAGGAGCAGAACUACCAGCGCUACCGCGAGGAACGAUUCCGCCACACCAGCGAGAGCACAAACUCCCGCGUGCUUUGGUGGUCGCUGGCCCAGACUGUCGUCUUGGUCUGCAUGGGUUUCUGGCAGAUGCGACAUCUGAAGAGCUUCUUCGAGGCCAAGAAACUUGUGUGAGGUGCUUCAAGGCUAGGGCAUCAUCAGCACUACUCGCCACCAGCCUCAUUGUUCCGUGUGUUUUCCCUCAUUUGGCAGGAAUUUGCGAAUUUCACCGAUGGAUCACCAUCAACCAACCAUCCGCAGGCCUCGACUCCAAGCACGUCUAGUUAUAAUUUCUUGUGCGUAAUUUAAUAAAAUCCAUUGUACAAAAUGA